AUGGCUAUUAACUACUUGAUCCUGCUGUCUCGGCAGGGCAAGGUGCGCCUAGCUAAAUGGUUUACCACCUUGUCUCCCAAGGACAAAGCGAAGAUCGUCAAGGACGUCUCUCAACUAGUCCUCGCUAGACGAACUCGCAUGUGCAACUUUCUUGAAUAUAAAGAUACCAAAAUCGUCUACCGCCGUUACGCCUCUCUAUUUUUUAUUGCCGGCUGCUCUUCCGAUGACAACGAGCUGAUCACGCUCGAGAUCAUUCACCGAUACGUCGAACAGAUGGACAAAUACUACGGCAACGUCUGCGAGCUCGACAUCAUAUUCUCCUUCACGAAGGCAUACUAUAUAUUAGAUGAGAUAUUAUUAGCAGGGGAACUACAAGAGAGCAGUAAAAAGAAUGUACUCCGCUGCAUAGGGCAGCAAGACUCUCUCGAAGAUAUGGAGUUUCUCCCACUUCGCGAUUUCGACGUCAUCACCACGGCGCUAAACUUCAGCACGGCUGAGUGUCGUGUCAAAGGCGGAUGCGAUCUUUAUACGACAAAAGCCGCUGGUUCUGAUAAGAAACUAUACAAAUCAAUCGAAACAUCUCUCGAAGCUCAACAUGCGGCGCUCAUUAAAUUCGGUGCGUCGCUCUCACCGCCACAACGCAAGGAGAUGGCUGCAUCUCUUAAUCUAUCCCGUUCCAGCCCAUUUGGUAAUAUGAGCGAGAUUUCGAGCCGUCGCACCUUUGCCUAUCUAAUCGCGACAUUAAACGCGAGCCAUCCCGACUAUGACUUUUCCCACGUCUUGCGCCCGACGGACUUCCGCCGCGAGCGCAACCUACAACAUGUAAUGGCGAACAUUGAUAACACGCUGAAUAGUGUGCGACCAUUAGGCUCUUCGCUUCUUUCACCUGAUGCGAAUUCUUCGUAUCGUUCUUAUGGUGGUUCUCCUGCGCCAAACCUGGCCUCAGGAGGUGAUGCAAUUAGUCCUGCUUGGAGUCCACACAUGUGGACCAUGAUCGAUACGGAGAUGACACUAAAGGACUGCACAGUAUUUUCGUAUCAACCGCUCGAGGACCCUUUUGAUGGUGACGAGUCCGCUAUCUGGCGUCUUCAUUAUUUCUUCUUCAAUAAGAAUAAGAAACGUGUUGCCUAUCUAUAUAUUAGGGGUUUACCAAACUUAGUCAACUCGCCCGCGCUUGCACCCCAUAGGCGCGGGAGUAAUGGACUGUCCAAGCGCCAUGCAACGCCCCUACCGGGUAGCUUGGGUGCAAACAAACGCGCUAAGUUCUGGCUGGGAGAUCAACUCGCAAGUCGUAUUAUCGUCGACAAUGAUUAUGAUUAUGAUGACGACGAGUAUGACGAUGCCGAUAUGAUCCAGUAUGACCCAGAUGAGGAUAUUGAGAUCGAUCCAUUGCAUGAUCCCUCUUCCGACGAGGAGACCGAUCAAUAUGAUGACGAUGACGAGGAAAGUGAAUACGAACAAGCUGCGCAUUCUAUUAGGGGCAUGAGUGAAGACAUCGCGGCGAGGAUGGAAAUGUAA